CACAGACACAGUUUCUUCUUCCUUUUUUCUUUUUGGUUUUAGACAGUUUCUUCUUAUUGUCCCUCUCUUUCUCUCCUUUUCUCACGCCGAGAUUUCUGCGUCUGCUCUUAUUUCUCACAACCUUUAAAGAAACGACGCCAUUUUCACUCAGCCUGAGCUCUUCACCAUGACAUGAUUUCGCGUUACAGCACGAUCUUGGACGCCGUCUAAGUGUCAAACAAAAGGAAAAGACUGAUGUAUAUACGGGUUUGGAGUUUUGCCUUUUAGACUGAGAAAACUCAAGAGAGAGAGAGAGAGAGAGAGAGAGAAACAUUUAUGUGUCUUAUCGGGUUUUGUGUUGUCAGAAGCUGAAGGACAAAAAAAAACAAUUAUUUUUAGGGUUUAGACGAAGAAAACUGGGAGCUUUGAGAAGUUGUGGGUUGCGGCUUCUUAAAGAACAAAGCUUUUUCUUAGAUUCUUCUGCCAAUUUGAAUGGAAUUCUCUAGAUACGCCGGAAUGAUGAUGGAGAAUAAGCGGAAUGUUUGCUCUCUCGAAGAAAGCAGCAUCAAACGCCAUAAGUCCGAUCUCUCUUUCAAUUCCAAGGAGAGGAAGGACAAAGUUGGAGAACGUAUUUCAGCUCUUCAACAGAUAGUUUCCCCUUAUGGGAAGACCGACACUGCAUCAGUGCUUCUAGACGCGAUGCACUACAUAGAGUUCCUUCACGAACAAGUGAAGGUGCUAAGCGCUCCGUAUCUGCAAACAAUGUCCGCCGCUACGCAGGUGGAGCUGGAGCAGUCCAGCCUGAGAAACAGAGGAUUAUGUCUCGUUCCGAUGGAGUAUACAGUAGGAGUUGCUCAAAGCAACGGGGCUGAUAUAUGGGCUCCCGUGAAGACUCCUCCAUCUCCAGCGUUGAAUGUCAUGUCUCAAUCACCCUUUAGAUGACCGAUUCGACUCUUCACAACCUACUAAGAUCUUUGUCUUCUGCCUAAAGAAGAUGACCAAUUGUUAUUUAUUAUGAUGUUCCCUCUGUAACAUAUACAGACAGAGAGACACAUGAAGAUGUUUUAAAGACAACGUUGGCAAUGUCUGUUAUUAUUUGACUGCUUAAUGCAUCCCCUUACUUGGACUUAUGUAAUUUUCCCAAUUAAAGACAAAUUGAUUCUAUUGCAGAGUAAUCUUUAU